AUGAAGAUCCAGUGUGAUGUAUGUGACAAGGAUGAAGCAUCAGUAUUCUGUAUGGCGGAUGAAGCAGCCCUCUGCGCCGCCUGUGACCACCGUGUCCACUAUGCCAACAAACUCGCCGGAAAACACCAACGCUUCUCCCUCCUCCAACCUUCACCUAAACAAUUCCCAGUCUGUGAUAUAUGUCAGGAGAAGAGGGCCUUCUUGUUUUGUCAACAAGAUAGAGCAAUUCUAUGCAGAGAUUGUGAUAUUGCAAUACACAAAGCAAAUGAACACACUCAAAAGCACAAUAGAUUUCUUCUCGCUGGUGUAAAGCUUUCUUCAACCUCUGCCCUUUCAUCUUCAUCUUCAACAUCGACAGAAUCCUCUUCAACUAUUGUUUCAGAUUCUGUUCCCAAUAUCCAGUCCCAGACUUCAUUAAAUAAACCUGUUUCUAUUUCAGUUUCUUCUUCUAUUUCUGAAACCCCUACCAAUCGACCACCUUUCACGGCAAAGACUACAACUUCAGUUAUUGGAAGCGACGCCGGAUCGCCUCCGCCGCCGGAUACCAAUGACAAAACUGGUGGAAAUAUUCAAAUUAUAAAUUGUUCCACAAGUAGCAUAUCAGAAUAUUUGAAUACACUUCCAGGGUGGCAUGUUGAAGACUUUCUUGAUUGUUCUUCUCUUGGUCUCUUUAAGACUACAGAAAAUGAUGUGUUGUCAUUUUUGAAUGCUGAUCUUGAGAGCAAUCAGCUGAGUGCUUUUUCCCGAGACAAUAUGGGGUUUGGGGUCCCUCAAGCCCCUCAUCCUUCAUAUUAUCCACCACAAAUUCAGUCAUAUUCAACUUCAAACAUGGCAUUUGGGGCACCAGAUGGAUUAAAGGAGUCGAAGGAAAUAUCAAACAUCAAAUCCAGCAGAGAAGGAAGUAGGGAAGACAAUUCAUUUGCUGUUCCACAGAUUAAUCCAUCUACCGCUGCCUCAAACAGAUCAAGAACUUUUUGGUAG